CCUGAACUGGUCACAGAAGCAUUUUCGGGGUGGCUAGGCUGGGAUGUAACCCCUCACCGCUCAGAAACUACAAAGCAAAUAUCCACAGGCAACCCCCUUCCUCCACACACACGGUGCUCCCAAGGUAUUAUUUGGUUGUUUUUUUUCAAGACAGAAUCAUAAUUUGGGGGUCUGUCUCCUGGGAGUUCGGGGCUGCCCAGGGCCCUGGUCUGAUUUCCCUGCAGGAUUCAGAUCUCGGCCACACCGGAGUCAGACCGGAGUCACUGCUGGCUCUGGCAGGGGGUGAGUGCAGAGGGCCAAUGAGAUCAGUCUCUGCCUGCCUGUCCCAGGGUGGUGCAGGGCAGGGCCGGCUCUAGGCACCAGCCAACCAAGCAUGUGCUUGGGGCUGCACUUCUCAAGGGGCCACGCUCCGGGGCGGGGCGGCACUUCUGAAGGGACAGCACUCCUUUUUUUUUUUUUUUCUGCCUUGGGGCAGCAAAAAAACUAGAGCCGGCCCUUGUGCAGGGGGAGUCCAGGGCAAUUCAUUCAUCAGCUGUUGCCACCAGAAGACUCCGGCUGUUGCUAAGUGGGAGGAGGAGGCUGGUGUGUGUCUCUCUCUGCUCAGGAUACAGCUCUGGAGUUGAGCUGCCUGGAUCAGAAGCUGCCUCCUGCAUUUUGACCUGGGAACUCAAACUGAGAAGCUGCGGUUUAUCCAGCAGAGGAGUGACCUUUGUUAAAGCCCCCUCAGUGCCCAGCUCGGGUGGGGACUUUCUCCGGUGCCUGGAACCAGCCGCAGGGGCAGCCUCAGGCUCUGCUGACACCAGCCCCUGAGCCGGAGUCUGCAGGCUGAGGAAUCAUUUCCAGAUUUUGCUCCAGAUCAACCCAUCUUCCAGGAGAAAGGGAAGGGAAAUGGCUGUGAUGGAGCCAGCUCAGAUGCUGGUGACCUUCGAGGAGGUGGCUGUGUAUUUCACCCAGGGGCAGGGGGCUCUGCUGGACCCCGCUCAGAGAGCCCUCUACAGGGACGUAAUGCAGGAUAACUAUGAGACGGUGACCUCGCUGGGGUUUCCCAUUCCAAAACCUGAGCUGAUCGCCCAGCUGGAACGAGGGGAAGAGUUGUGGGUCCCGGAUCUCCAGGCCUAUGAGGAAAGAGAGAUCCCGAGAGGCACCCGCACAGCAGGUGCUAAGAGAGUGAGUGAGAAUGAGGAUGGGAAUCAUCAUGAGGACGUUCCUGGGGAAGUUGAUGAAUCUAUUAUAUGUGGUGGAAGACACAAGGAUCCCACAGCCCAGCAGAGAAAUCCCAAUGAAGAGAAACCCUAUCGGUGCCUCGAAUGUGGGAAAGGAUUUAUUCUGAGAUCACACCUUGUGACACAUCAGACAAUCCACACUGGAGAGAAACCCCUUCAUUGCUUGGACCGUGGCGAAAGCUUCAAUAAUCGCUCAGAUCUGAAUAACCAUGGGAGAAGCCACACAGGCGAGAAACCCUCUCAAUGCCUCAAGUGCUGGAAAUCUUUCUACUCAAAGUCAGCACUAAUUAGACAUCAGAGAACCCACACAGGAGAGAGACCCCAUAAGUGCUUAGACUGUGGGAAAAGUUUCACACAGAAAUCAGGCCUUGUUACACAUGGGAGAAUCCACACAGGAGAGAAACCCCAUAAGUGCUUGGACUGUGGGAAAAGUUUCACACAGAAAUCAGGCCUUGUUACACAUCAGAGAAUCCACACAGGAGAGAGACCCCAUAAGUGCUUAGACUGUGGGAAAAGUUUCACACAGAAAACAGGCCUUGUUACACAUCAGAGAAUCCACACAGGAGAGAGACCGCAUAAGUGCUUAGACUGUGGGAAAAAUUUCACAGAGAAAUCUGGCCUUGUUACACAUCAGAGAAUCCACACAGGAGAGAGACCCCAUAAGUGCUUGGACUGUGGGAAAAGUUUCACAGAGAAAUCAGGCCUUGUUAAACAUGGGAGAAUCCACACAGGAGAGAGACCCCAUAAGUGCUUGGACUGUGGGAAAAGUUUCAUACAGAGAUCUACCCUUGUUUCACAUCAGGCAAUCCACACAGGAGAGAGACCCCACAAGUGCUUGGACUGUGGGAAGAGUUUCAUACAGAGAUCUGCUCUUGUUUCACAUCAGGCAAUCCACACAGGAGAGGUUCCCUAUAAAUGCUUAGACUGUGGGAAAAGUUUCACAUGGAGAUCUGCCCUUGUUUCACAUCUGAGAACCCACACAGGAGAGAAACCCCAUAAGUGCUUGGACUGUGGGGAAAGUUUCAUACAGAGAUCUGCCCUUUUUUCACAUCAGGCAACCCACACAGGAGAGAGACCUUAUAAAUGCCUCUACUGCGGAAAUGGUUUCCUUUGGAAUUCAGACCUUAUAAGACAUCAGAGAAUCCACACAGGUGAGAGACCCCAUAAGUGCUUAGACUGUGGGAAAAGUUUCACACAGAAAUCAGUCCUUGUUACACAUAAGAGAACCCACACAGGAGAGAGACCCCAUAAGUGCUUGGACUGUGGGAAAAGUUUCACGGAUAAAUCAGGCCUUGUUAAACAUGGAAGAAUCCACACAGGAGGGAGACCCCAUAAGUGUUUAGACUGUGGGAAAAGUUUCAUAUGGAGGUCAGGCCUCUUUAAACAUCAGAGAAUCCACACAGGAGAGAGACCCCAUAAGUGCUUGGACUGUGGCAAAAGUUUCACAUUGAGAUCAGACCUUAUAAGACAUCAGAGAAUCCACACAGGAGAGAGACCCCAUAAGUGCUUGGACUGUGGGAAAAGUUUCACAUGGAGAUCAGCCCUCGUUAAUCAUUGGAGAAUCCACACAGGAGAGAGACCCCAUAAGUGCUUGGACUGUGGGAAAAGUUUCACAUGGAGAUCAGCCCUUGUUAAUCAUUGGAGAAUCCACACAGGAGAGAGACCCCAUAAGUGCUUGGACUGUGGGAAAAGUUUCACACUGAGAUCACACCUCAUUAAACAUGGGAGAAUCCAUACAGCAUUUAAACUUCUGUGACCCAUAGCCAGGAAGGGUGAAGUAACUUGCAGGCUAAUUGAUCUAGAUUCAGCCUUUAGAGACAUGCUUCUAAGUGUGUAAAUGGUAUUUAGGGCCAUUGCAUGUUCUAUAGGCUUGAGCUUUGAAAUGUAAACUUGUAUUCCUAAAGAAUUGGAAGAUGGUAACCAAAGUAGUCUCUGUUUACCUAUAUCUUGUUAGAGGUUAACAAUGUAAUCAGUUCCUCUCUAAGGCUGUAUUCUGUUAACUUGGAGAUCAAAAGGAAAUAUUAACAUUUAGAUAAAACUUAGGUGUAAUAAUGUCCUUGUCUGCAUGUCUCUUUAAAAUGUGUGGUAAACAGUCCAUGAACUGCUUAAUGGAUAAUCACCUUCUGUUAAUCCAUGUAGUUAAUUGCCGGUGAUGUUUAGGAAAUACAAGGUUAUUUCGAAAGCCUGUUUUUCACCCCAGGACUGCGUGCCAUCGAGAAGGCUGCAAAAAACUGUAUAAAAACUCUUGGGACCUGA